UUAAAACAACAAGAAGAAGAAGAAGUAGUAGAAGAAGAAGAAGAAGCUCUUCUUUCUCCACACGGGCUUCGGAUCUCUGAUAUUCUGCGUAACACCACUAAAGUGUCCUGAUUCUUUACACCUCUUAUAAUGAAAUCACAGUCCAGACGCCGCUCUUUAGGAAAAUCUCCACAGACUCCUGCUGCUACUGGCUCAAAGAUGUACCACUGCUCAGAUUGUGGGAAGAGUUUUACUCGUCAGAGUAAUCUCCAAAAACACCAGCGCAUUCACACAGGGGAGAAGCCGUAUCGCUGUGGACAGUGUGGGAAGAGUUUUAGUCAAGAGGUUCAUCUUCAGACACACCAGCGCAUUCACACAGGGGAGAAGCCGUAUCACUGUGGACAGUGUGGGAAGAGUUUUACUCGUCAGAGUCAUCUCCAAAUACACCAGCGCAUUCACACAGGGGAGAAGCCGUAUCACUGUGGACAGUGUGGGAAGAGUUUUACUUGUCAGAGUAAUCUCCAAAUACACCAGCGCAUUCACACAGGGGAGAAGCCAUAUAAUUGUGGACAGUGUGGGAAGAGUUUUACUCUACAGGGUAAUCUCGAAAAACACCAGCGCAUUCACACAGGGGAGAAGCCGUAUUACUGCCCCCAGUGUGGGAAGAGUUUUACUCGUCAGAGUCAUCUCCAAAUACACCAGCGCAUUCACACAGGAGAGAAGCCGUAUCACUGUGGACAGUGUGGGAAGAGUUUUACUUGCCAGAGUACUCUCCAAAUACACCAGCGCAUUCACACAGGAGAGAAGCCGUAUCACUGUGGACAGUGUGGGAAGAGUUUUACUCUCCAGGGUAAUCUCGAAAAACACCAGCGCGUUCACACAGGGGAGAAGCCGUAUUACUGCCCCCAGUGUGGGAAGAGUUUUACUCGUCAGAGUCAUCUCCAAAUUCACCAGCGCAUUCACACAGGAGAGAAGCCAUAUCACUGUGGACAGUGUGGGAAGAGUUUUACUUGUCAGAGUAAUCUCCAAAUACACCAGCGCAUUCACACAGGAGAGAAGCCGUAUCACUGCUCGCAGUGUGGGAAGAGUUUUACUUGUCAGAGUAAUCUCCAAAUACACCAGCGCAUUCACACAGGAGUAAAGCCAUAUUACUGUGGACAGUGUGGGAAGAGUUUUACUUCUCUGAGUAAUCUCCAAGUACACGAGCGUAUUCACACAGGAGAGAAGCCGUAUCACUGUGAACAGUGUGGGAAAUUUUUUCGUGACCAGAGGGCCUUCCGUAGACACCAGCAAAGUCAUACAGGACAGAAGCCGUACCUGUGCGGACAGUGUGGACGGAGCUAUACUCAUUCGGGUUCUUUAAGGACACACAAGUGCUCUAACAUAAAGCCAUCAGAUCUUGACACGUGAAUGAAAAUUAAAAACAUGCAUCUUAAUUUUUCAUUUUUUAAAGGGCUGUAAAGAGACAUUCUGGCAUAAAACUAUAAUGUUAUUUUUGUACUCACUUUUGUUGCCAGUGGUUUAGACAUUAAUGGCUGUGUACUGAUACUGUAUAUCUCCCCUGUAUUUUAUUCCAUUGCUACUGAGAAACAGCUGAAUUAAGUUGUGCAAAUAAAUCAAUCACAUCUGAUUCUCAUCUAGGAAACACACAGGUAUUGAGGUUCUUCCAGUGGCAUGACCAUAUGGUAUACAGUAAAAGAUGACCUCUUUGGGCUGAUCUUGUGUGGAAAAGGAACAAUAUAGAUCAGCAAAAAGAGAAGAUGAGUACCAGGACAAGGUAGAGGAGUGGGACAAGGACAAGUGUGAGGAAUGCCUGGACGAGGACAAGGUAGGGGGAGAGAGGAGUUAGAAUUCAUGGUGGCGUUCAGAGAAGGGCCAGAUAUAGGGUACCUGAUGAAAUAAGCGAUACUAUCAUAGACCAUGUCAUAAACCACGGGCUAUCAUACAGUGAGGAUGGUGAACGAGAACAAACAAAUCUCGGCCGGGACACAGUGGCAUCCGUUGUCUGGAUUUUUCAAGAAUCCAACAGGUAGGAUAAGUCAUAAGGGCUCCUAUUGCAAAGUGUAAAUACAGUCAUUUUACCAUGUAUUACUGUACAGUGACUGUAUGGCAGACCAGAUGAUGACUUUUUUUCUUUCUUUUUUUUAUUGUUCUAUGGCUUUUUCUGUUUGUAUAUUUUGUAUUUUCACACAAUAAACAGCAGCUAUAUUGCA